AUGGCACACCUGCUGGGCAGCCAGGUCUGCAUGGACAGCCUACGCAGGGACCUCACUGACCUGCAGGGCGCCAUCGUGGACGUGUUCUCUCGUGCCGGGCCUGUGCACUUCCCCUCCUGGAAGUUCCCUGACCGCGUGGCCUGUGACCUCGACAUGGUGGCCCUGCUAGAGCACUAUGACCAUGUGCCAGGUGACCCUGAGUUCACGCAGCUGUCCCACGCCGUGCUGCUGGAGCUGGUCAUUGACAGGCUCCUGCUGCUACUUCAGAGCUGUGCGAGCUAUUUGGAGACCCUUGGCUCAGAGCAGAUGAUGCCUCCCACCCAGGCUGUGGGGCCCUGCAUGUCUGUGGGGCUCACGGUGCGACGCUUCUGGAACAGCCUGCUGAGGCUGGGCAUGCUCUACCAGCAGGCAGCCCCCCAGAAAAGGGAAAAUCAAGGGGAAACCCCCACCUCCAAGCCCACAGCCAAGGGCGAGCCGGCCAGGAGCCCUGAACGUAUGACUGCCAAGUUCAUUAAGGCCCCCUCCCCAAUGCCAAGAUUGCCCCAGACCUGCCAAGAGCCGGAGACCGUCCCUGUCAGAGUCUCCCUGCAGCGUCUAGCCACGACCAAGAACACCAAGAGUGUCCACUGCCAGACCAUUGAGACGGCCCUGGUGCCCUGUGACGCGUGCACCAGCGUCCAGGGCAGCCUGCAGGAGGUGGGCAAGGUGGUCAUCAGCCUGUGUCAGAGCCAGAACUUGCCCUCAUCCUUAGGCCAGUUCCAGCAGCUGGUGCAGGACAGCAUGGGGCUCAGGCCGCUGCCAGCUGCCACCGUGGGCCACUGGGCAGCAGAGCAGAGCAAGGACCUGACGCGCCUCAGUAAGCAUGUGGGGGCCCUGUCUCAGCUUGUCGGGCCCCUCAGGGCCCAGCUGGAGGAGGCCGAGGGGCAGAAGGCCGGACUGAGGAAGCAGGCGGGCAGGCUGGAGCAGGCGCUGCAGCAGGAGCAGGGGGCGCGGCAGCGGCAGGCGGAGGAGGCCAAGCAGCGCGUGGCCGAGUGGGAGCACGACAAGCAGCAGCUGCUCACAGAAACCAGUGACCUAAAGACAAAAGUGGCCGCCCUGGAAAGGGAGCUGAAGCAGCAGCAGGAGUCCACGCAGGCUGUGGAGGCGAAGGCCCAGCAGCUGCAGGAGGAAGGCGAGCGCAGGGCGGCGGCUGAGAGGCAAGUGCAGCAGCUGGAGGAGCAGGUGCAGCUGCUGGCGGGGCGGCUGGAGGGGGCCAGCCAGCAGAUCUGCUGGGCCAGCACGGAGCUGGACAAGGAGAAGGCCCGCGUCGACAGCAUGGUCCGCCACCAGGAGUCCCUGCAGGCCAAGCAGCGAGCCCUGCUACAGCAGCUGGACAGCCUGGACCAGGAGCGCGAGGAGCUGCGGGGCAGCCUGGAUGAGGCUGAGGCCCAGAGGGCUUACGUGGAAGAGCAGCUGCGGGCCGAGAGGGAGCAGGGGCAGUGCCAGCUCCAGGCCCAGCAGGAGCUGCUGCAGAGCCUGCAGCGGGAGAAGCAAGGCCUGGAGCAGGUGACCACUGACCUGCGGCUGACCAUCUUGGAGCUGGAGCGGCAGCUGGUGGAGCUGAGGGAGCGGGAGCGGCUGCUGGUGGCCUUCCCAGACCUGCACAGGCCCAGCGAGGCCCAGAUCCAAAAUGGGAGGCCCAGUGCUCUGCCCAGCUCGCCUCAUGUCCCUGCAGACUCCGGCAACGUCAUGGACGACAUGGAGAGGCAAGUGCAGGCCAAUGACAUCCGCAUCCGGGUCCUGCAGGAGGAGAACGGGCGGCUCCAGUCAAUGCUGUCUAAAAUCCGGGAGGUGGCCCAGCAGGGGGGCCUCAAGUUGAUCCCACAGGACCAGCUCUUGUCCCCUUCCAGCAAGGGAACUCAGGGAGCAGCACCCCCAGUGCAGGCUCAGAGGGCAUCCCCAGGGCCCCUGGGCAAGUGGCACCCUCCUGACAGCAGCAGGACAGGCAGUGCAAGCAGGACCUUGCCAGGCCAGCCCCGAGCAUCCACACCUCAGCAGCCCUGCGGCCGGCCCAGCAAGCCUUCCCUGGAGGAUGUGACCCACUCGGCCAUCUGUGUCCAGAACCCCAUCCAGGCCUUGGCCAGGCUGAGGAGGAGACUGUCACCAGGCCAGGGCCAGGCCAGAUCUGCACACCAGCCCCAGAAGCGGCUCACGUAGCCUGCAGCAGGGCUGGGGCUGGAUGGC